AAAGAAUUCAUUAAUUGUAAGCAACAAAAAGUGUUCUUAGAAAAACCAAACUACACAACCCUCAAAAUCCUCAUCCCAAAUCCAUUCACAAACUCAAUCGCCAAAAUCUAGAGAUUAUAAACUUUCAAGUCGAAGAUUUAGAGGUAGAAACCCCAAAUCCAUAUCUAUCAGUUGUCAGACCGAUUCAAUUUUGAUGUAUCAUCAAGACACCGACUGGGCAAUCGACGCCGCGGCGGCGGUAGCGGCGGAGUCUACAUGGACACGAUACGAAGAUAAGUUGUUUGAGGACGCGUUGGUGAUGUUCCCAGACGAUGUAAUCGGACGGUGGCAGAAGAUCGCCGAUGCGGUGCCGGGUAAGACGGCGGAACAGGUCAGAGCUCAUUACGAGGUGUUGGUACAUGAUUUGCUUCAGAUUGAUUCCGGUCAAGUGGAGUUACCAAGUUACGCCGAUGAUGAUGGCGACGAGUCGUUUCUGAGUUGGGACCCCGAGUUGCGAGCGAGUCAGAUCUCGUUUGGAAUGACAAAAGGAUCUAAACAUGGAGAUGGUGAAAGAAAGAAAGGGACACCAUGGACGGAAGAAGAACACAGAUUAUUUCUGAUCGGACUGCAACGGUACGGAAAGGGAGACUGGCGGAGCAUUUCAAGAAACGUUGUCGUUUCACGGACGCCAACACAAGUCGCUAGUCACGCUCAGAAGUAUUUUCUCCGGCAGAAUUCGAUGAAGAAAGAAAGGAAAAGAUCAAGCAUCCAUGACAUCACCACCACCACAGACACCAUCGCGGUGCCGCCACCGCCACCACCAUCGACGAACUUCCAAGGAGGAGCAACACCGCAAUUGGGGUAUGAACGUCAACACAACUUUGGCUACCCUAUGUAAAAUUAAAACUUAAACAUCCGUACAAAUUACAAAACUAGCCAUACAUAUAAUAGGACAAAUUUACCCUCCCAUUUUAACAUUCCAAUAUAAAUUUGUAAAGUUUUAGUUUUUUUUGAGAGUUUGAGACACAAGAGAUUUAGAUAUUAGAGUAUUUAGGGUGUUUGGAUGUGAAUUCUAGUGUGAUUAAUGUAGUUUUAAAACUCGGAAUCAAACAAUUAUUUUAUUAAUUGUUAUGAUUAGUUUGAUAAGUUAAUAUUUAUAGUACGGAGUUGA